CACCUCCCCGACUUUUCCAGUAACUCCAGCCCCCGCCCCGGCCCUAAGUUUCUGACUGAUUCAUAGCCCGGACUCACAGUGGUGGGGGCUAGGGCAGCUUCCCAGAGCAAGCCUCUGGCCGUGCUAUCUUGGCGCCUUUCACUGUCCGCUCCACUUGCUUCCUCCGGGAGACUAAGAGCGAAUCUUCCUCCCAAGCCGCCGCGGCAUCUCUGCCCCUUUUAGCAGCCGAGCUCCAGGACCGAGACGUAAGUGCUGUACUACUGGGAUUGCUUCCUGGUCCUGGGACAGUAGAAAAAUAACCAAUGGCUCUCUUCCUGACUCUUUGGACAGUAUUUCUGUUGGCACUGAUGCAUUUUAGUACAUGUAAAAGUACAGAAUCAUCUGAUUAUUUAGUAUUUCCUAUUGAAUCUCUUAAUACUUUUAUUCGCUCUAAUGAACAGUGCUUGGAUAUAGAAUGGACUGUAAACCCGCAUGCUUAUACUUUGAAUUUAAAAAUGAUUUUCCAAAUAGAUAUCAGAAGAACUACAUUUUCCAACAUUGUUGAGAAUAAAAAUUAUACCACAACUUUGAUACCUAAUGAAACUCUGCAAUGGUGUUGGCAUUCAGCACUACCUUUAGAAUGUACUUCCCAUUUGGUGAGAAUCAGAAGUAUGGUAGAUGAUGAAAGAUUCCCAGAGUUUAAGUUUUGGAGUUCCUGGAGCUCAUGGUGGAAAUCUGAAGGGAAGGACUCCUCGGGCCAAUAUCACAUUUUUCCUGUUGAUAAAAUAUAUGUUGAAGAAGAUUCCAAUGUCACCUUUUGCUGCAUUUCCAGGACAGAUAAUGAGAAAGUAGACUUUUCAUAUGAAGAAAGAUAUAGUCAGAGAACAAAACUGAGCCCCCGUACAACAAUGUUUGAAGUGAAUAAUGUUUCCUUUGUUAGGAGGGGAGGAUCAAAUGCCUUCUGUAAGUUUAAUUCUGACAAUUCAAACAUUCAAGGAGUUGUCGUAUAUAUAACAGGAGUAAUAGAAGAGCCCAAGAAUUUUUCUUGUCAAACUCGGGAUUUACAGACCUUGAACUGUACGUGGGAUCCAGGAAGAGAUACAUUUUUCCCAGAGAAAUUUAUUCCAACCAACUACAGCUUAUUUGAAUGGUUUUCCCAGAAAAAGGUCAACUGUGUUCACAGAAAUUGGUGUACUUGGCAACUAACCUCUGACAUACAGGACAUGUAUAACUUCACACUGACAGCUGAAAAUGAAGUAAGAAAGAGAAGAGUGGACAUUCUCUUUAAUGUAACCCAACAAGUUCAACCACAGCUUGUUGGUGAAAUAUCUAUUAAACAUGUAAGUGAAACAGAGGCAACACUGAAAUGGAAAAUUAUUCCCAAUCAAAAAAGACUCAGUUUUUUGUGUCAGAUUGAAGUCUAUCAUGAUGGAAAAGUAAUACAGUACAACACUUCCAGGUCUCAAUUUACUUUAAGAGAACUACAACCUUAUACAGCAUAUUCAACUCAAGUACGUUGCUGCACUGCCAACCACUUUUGGAAAUGGAGCGAAUGGAAAAGCAAAAACUUCACCACAAAAGAAGAUGUGCCCUCAGGGGCUCUUGAUGUCUGGAGAAUUGUGGAACCAGUUUCAAUGGGAUAUAAUGUGAAAAUAUUCUGGAAGCCUCUACCAACAUUUCAAGCUAAUGGAAAAAUCCAAAAUUAUAUCAUAGUUAUGAAAACACUGGGGGAAGUGCAUAGGGAGGACAUUUUCUUUUCUGAAUCAGACAGUAAUAGCACUGAAAAAAUUAUUGACCAACAGUCCUAUGAGAUUAGUGUUGCAGCCUUCAAUAGUGUUGGAUCUUCUACCCCUUCAGUCAUCGUGGUCUCUGGAGAUACUGAAAACAGUGCACAAAACAUAACAGAAGAGAGAGUUAAUGGCACAAAUGAUGGAAUAUAUCUGUCUUGGAAACCUGACCCAGCAAAAGCUGAAGGCUAUAUUGUAGAUUGGUGUAACUAUCCCCAGGAUGCAGUCUGUGAUUUCCAGUGGAGAAAAUUCGGUCCCAAUACCACCAGUGCAAUCAUCAGAUCCGCUGCCUUUCAGCCUGGAGUGAGAUACAAUUUUAGAAUUUAUGGACUGUCCACAAAACAUGAAGCUUAUUUACUAGAGAAAAAAACAGGAUAUACUCAGGAGCUGGCACUUGAUUGCAAACCAAUUGUGACUGUUGAGAAUUUGGCUUCUACGUCAUUGACCUUGAAUUGGAAGGAUAAUUGCAUUGAUGAACCCCAGUAUGGCUUCUUUAAUGGGUACCACAUUUAUAUGAAAUCUGAAGUGGGAGGAUCCUGUGACCAAGAGACAGAAAAGCAAAAUUUUUCAGAUAAUAUAAUAGUCUGUAAAUACACAGUUCCGGAUACAAAACAAAAGACUUUCAAUGUGAAAAAAUUACAGCCAAAGUCAACAUACAACUUUGAAGUUAAAGCUUACACGGGCGGUGGAGAUAGCCUUGGAAGUUUUAUAAAGGUCACAACCGGAACCCCUGAAAACUCCAAUUUAAUAAUGACUAUACUAUUUCCAAUGGCCUUCUUUUCUCUGCUGCUCAUCAUCGGAUUGAACUUGAAAAUUCAGUGGGUGAAGGAGAAAUGCUUCCCUGAUAUUCCAGAUCCUUACAAGAGCAGUGUCUUGUCACUGAUGAAAUUCAAGGGAAAUAUUCACCAGGCCACACUGAACACCAGUGACUGUAUUCCUGACGCCAUUGAAGUUGUGAACAAGUCAGAAAUAAGUAAAAUGCAGGGAUCGAGGACAUUACUUAUGGGGAAUGAGAUCACCAAACCUGCCUAUCUCUACCUCCUUCCAACAGGAAAAGAUGCCUUGGACUCUCAAACCUGCAUCUGUUUUGAGAAUUUCACUUAUCGUCAAGAUGCAUCUGACUCUGAUUCUUCUAGACAAAUUCAGAUGAUACCCACUGACCCCACGAGAUCUGUGGGGCCUGCUGAGCAUUUACUAAAUGCAGAAAAAGACUACAUUGGAUCAUUGGACAAUAUUCCUGCUGGAGAAGCCAGUUUGAAUUAUGUAUCCCAGUUGGCUCCAACUGGGGCCAUAUCUGGAGACAAAGGCAGUACUUCAUCUAAUCUUGAAGCAGCACCCUGCUCAGAAUAUAAAAUGCAAAUGGUGAUGUCCACAGGCUUGGCCCUGUCUCUUCUUCCAGAAGACGACAGACCCAUCUCAGUUACCUCUUUAGAUCAGCUUGAAAAACCAUGCUAACCAGUAUACAAAUUUUAUAUCUUCAUGCUGCAUGAUAUUAAGAGUUUCAAAUUCUCAGUGUUUAUGGGCUGGAAGCAUGUUUGUUACUGAAAUCAUUGUUCAGUCAGGCACAGGGGCCUAGGACUGCAUGCAAAAGGACUCCAAUAGGGCCAUGGAAAUCCUAUUGAGCUUUUUGGCCAGAAGGACAUUUUGAACAUUCUUCUGCUUACCUUGGAAAAAAGGCUGAACUUAGAAACAAUAUACAAGGGAGGUUAUUUACUAUGCUGUCUCUUCAUAUAAUAAAACUAAUUUUCAAAUAGGUACUUUAUCUUUCAAUUUUUAAAAAGGUUGAUUUUAAGAUUGGCAUUUCAGAACCUUCAAACUUCAUUUCUGAGAGAAACUUUUUCCACUGAGUGAGCCCUACACUUAGUACUUUAGAAACAAAAGGAUUAUACUUGGAUGCUCAUUUUAUAAAUUGAAUCUCAAGGCAAAAAAUUUUAGCAUACAACUUGGUGGGCAUUCAUUCUGGCUAGGUACUUUGGGAAGAGUUUUUGAGGAAUCUUGGAAUUGAUGUUUUGGAACAUGUAUUGAAGUGAUCUGAAGAUGAUGUGGCUGCAUGUACACCUGAAGGGAAUGAAAACUAAAGUGACUAUAACAAGCUGUAGGACAUUGACACUUUCUACCAUCAGAGGCCCUUCUACUUUCUUUCAAUAAUUUGGCUUUAUUUUUUCCUACUGAGUUUUUUCCCUAAAAUAUGCCAUUCUUCAUCACUAACUAUUCUUUUUCCAUCAAGAAUAUCUCAUUAUAUGAGAUAAUUUGUCUUAUAUUUCUUCCCCCUUUUCCUCUCCCAAGUGUAUCCUGCUUCUCUUUCCAUUUCCUUCUUUAAGAUCAUCAAGCUUUAAUACAACUAUUUCCUGAGCUCAUCUAAUUGGACUCCUUUUAGGCUCCAUAAAAGAUCAUCAUAUAUAAUUUUCUUGUAUCUGAAUCUGAGUACUUUAUCAUUUAGUCCUUUAUCAUUGUUCAUUCAUGUUCAUUUUAAAUGUUUCUCAUCAAGAAUGCUUAGCAGAUCUCUAUUUCAUUGAAGAUCCAUUUCUUCCCUGUAAAAUUAUACUCAUUUUUCCUGGUUGUUAUUCUUGAUUGUAAGCCCAUAUCCUCUUACUUCUUUAUAUACUUUUCCACUUCUAGCAUAGAUAAUCCACUUUAUGCUGAUAGCUAAAUAAUGUGUGAUCUUGACUACAGCUGCUUGGUACUUGAAUUACUUCUUCCAGCUGCUUGCAACACUUUUUUUUAAUUUGCACUAAAGGCUUUUCAUUUUGGUUAUAUUUCCCAGAUAUUUUCAUUUUAAGGUUUCUUUCAGAAGGUAAAUUCUUCCAAUUUCUACUUUGUCCUCAGGUUUUAAGAGAUCUGGACAAUUUUAAGUUUCUUAAAAUAGGAUGUCUAGGUCCUUUGGUCAUGGCAUUGAAAAGCCAGUAAUUCUUAAUUUUUUUCACUAAUCUGUUGUAAACAACAUUUGGUUUUGGGAUGAGAUGCCUUAUAUUUCUUUUAUUAUUUCCCCCCAACUUUUUGUCUUUUGAGUAUUUCUUAUUGCCUCAUGAAAUCAAUGAUUUCUGUUUAAGUUUUCAGAGAGUUUGUUGUUUGGGAAAGGUUUUGUAAUUCAUAUCAAGUUGUCAAAUAGUUUUCCAACUCUUUCAUUAAUUCUCAUUUCCUCCAAUUUUUUAAGUACUUCCCCUUUAUACAAAGAUUUAUUUUUAAGAUUUUGCUUCUGUUUUUCUAGGAAUUCUAGUUGCAUCUACACUUAAGCUGUAUUUUUUCUGACACAUUGCUUAAGGAUGUUCUGGAGUCAUUCUCUUCUGCAUCUGGGUGUUGGAGAAUCUGUGUUACCAAAAAUAGCCAGUUAGGGUAGGAUUCUUUUUGUUUUUCCAUUCUUCCUGACUUCAGAUUUGAUAUUAGGGCUGAGCUUGGCCACAUUUCUUGAGGGAAGAUGAUCCUAUUGCUUUCUUGAUAUAUUGUGUAUUGUUAUUCCAGAUCUCAGGGACAGGCUAGUGACCUGCAAACUUUCAGCAUUCCACAAGUGGCCUGAUUACAGAUGUCUGAUUGUCAACCCUUUAGUCUGAGCUCUGCAAGUUUCUGUCCUGGGUUUGUAUCUAUGCAAAAGUAAACUUCCAGACUCUGCCCAUUUUAAUGCCAGCUGGAAAGUUCUGUUGACUCAGAGAAGCAGAAGGCUUCCCUUUAAUCUAGGGAUUUCCCAUUAUUCUUCCACAGGCUGGGCUAGACACUGCUAGAGGAUUUCAUUGUCUCCUAGUAAACUACACUAUUUCUUUGUAUAAACUACCCUUUCUUCUUUUUAAAUGUGAUUUUCAAAAGGCUAGCUACAUUAUCAUGAUUUUUCACACAAAGUGGCAUCUUAAUUGCAACACACUUUCAACUUUGUGUUGGAAUUCAAUAUAAAAAUGAUUUGAUCCACAGAAGUUUGCUUCAUGGUGAACUUUUCCAUAUAUAUUAAAGCAACAAACCAGUAUUGGAACAGUACUGAAAUGUUAAAUCACCAGCCUCCCUUUCCCCAAAUUGUUAAAUCAAGUUAUUUAUACAUAAUCACAAAGCUAAUUCUUCUAUUAAAAUUUUUUGUUUGGAUUUACACUAUAAAAUUGGAACAUAACUUAUGCUAUAAAGUUGUUACAAUUAGUCUUAAAAAUAAUAUUGCAAUAUUUUAUUGAUCAAAAUGAGUUGAAUUCCAGGCAGUUUUUCUUGUAAUAUUUUCACCAAAAAAGCCAUCCAAGAACAAAAAGGAAUGAUAAAAUUUUCAAAAGGAAAAAACACUAGGAAUAUUACUUGUUUUUAAAAGAGAGUGUUGCUUCAUCCAAAAGGUGAAGUUCCUGCAGUUCCCAUGCCCAAGUGAUCACAGAUAUCUAGGAAAGACUGAGUUUUUUUCAAAAUUAUUACCAAAAAAAAAAAAAAAAAAAGCUUUCGGGAGAAAAAUGCUAAAUGUCACAACUACAUGUUACUGAUACCUAUUACUGACGUAGAUAUCAAUUUGUGGCUUGGGAAAAAAUACUUUUGUC